AUGACUGCUGCUGAGCAUUUUAUAAGUUUAGUAACCGUAGCAAGUGCAAAAAAAAUUGCGGCUAUUUUGGUUAUUUGCUUUAUUCUUUACCAUGGAAUGAUACAUUUAAUAUACGGUAGUGACUCCUGUAAGUGGCUGCUAAAAGAAGGUCGAUAUAAAGGCGAUAGAGAAUGGCAACCUUACGGAUGCAUGAUUCAUCAUUACACGCAAACAGACAGCAGAAGAUGUUUGCGAUAUUUAGCUUUCAUGCGUCACAAAAAUCAUUUUGUAUUUGUCGGAGAUGCUCGGAUUCACCAGUUGUAUAAAUCAUUUAUUUCACAAUUUAUAGUUGAUGGGAAAGGUUUCGAUUCUACAGAUGUUCUCCAGCAAUCAAAUUCGAAUUUUAAUGAUGCUAAAUUAAAAUUACAAGUUCAAUUUUUAUGGAGACCUCAGUUGAAUAUAUCAAUGAUCAAUGAUUUUCGAACUUGGAUGAAAGAAGAUGCUCCAACUAUGAUAAUUGCCGGUUGUGGAGCUUUUGAUAUUCUUAACAGCAAUCUAAGUGAUAGUAAAAAUUUAUAUAAAAGUUAUAGCUCCGGACUUAUUAAGCUUGUUCAACCGGCUGAUGUAUUGGCAAAGAAAGGUACCCAAUUUCUUUGGAUGCUGCAAGAUCCCAUUGUGAAAGAAAAUCUACCCGCGCACUUUGCUAGUAUUGAUAACAAUCUUAUCAAUAUCUGUAACAAAGCAGCUGUUGAAGUAUUGAUACAUAGUCAAACUCGUUUGUGGGAAAGUAGUAAACUCAUAGGACAAGGAGUUUUGGAACAAAGUCCUGAUGGAUAUUUAUCGAGUCCACUUUCUCUUCGGCACAAAGUACAAAUUUUGUUAAAUACUUAUUGUAACGAUUAUAUGAACUUUGAUGAUGGAACUUGCUGCAGUAAUCUUGAAGUUACGACUACGUUACAACUAGUUACCAUUUUAAUGCUUAUAUUUUGGACUGUAGCUGGUGCUAGUUUAUGGCUUUAUAAAAAAGUAUGUCAUAAUAAAUCUGAAACUUUUUAUGGUCGCAUUGCAACUGAAGAAGUUUCUGAUAUAAUAGAAGAUUUAAAUGCAUCUGAAAUUACACAAAAUGAAGCACCAUGCCAAGAUUUUUAUACAUUGAUUACAUCUUUAGCAAUACUUGCAUGUAUUUUAGGAUAUUUCUACUUAUGUGAUAGAACAAACUUUUUUAUGAAAGAAAAUAAGUAUUACAGUGAAUUUAGCUUUUGGUUGCCGCUAGGGUAUAUUUUAGCUCUAGGACUUUUUUUUACGGAGGACUGUGAAAGAGGCCCUCGAGCUCUUAAUCGAGAGCAAACAGAUGAAUGGCGUGGUUUAAUGCAAUCAGUUGUUCUGAUAUAUCAUGUCACAGGCGCUAAAAAUGUUUUACCUAUAUACAUGCACCUGAGAUUAAUUAAUUCUGCUUACUUAUUUCUUUCUGGAUAUGGACAUUUUUGUUAUUUUUGGCAAACAGGAGAUGUUUCACUUGUACGUUUUGCAAGAGUUCUAUUUCGGUUAAAUUUGCUUACCGUUUUGCUCUGUCUUUUGAUGAAUCAACCUUACCAAUUUUAUCAUUUUGUACCAUUGGUAUCUUUUUGGUUUCUAAUUGUCUACAUCUUAGCUUGGUUACCACCCAGAGUGCACUCCGGAAGUUUAGCAGAAUAUGGCUCACGUGCAUUGCUUUAUUUAGCAUUAAAACUUUUAGGACUCAUUUUCGUUAUUACUAUUCUCUAUAUGUCUGAGGUUUUCUUCGAAAAAGUGUUUGUCACUAGGCCUUGGAAAGCUCUUUUUGUAACAACUGAUGAUGAUAUUCGAGAAUGGUGGUCUCGUUGGAGAGUAGAUAGAUACAGCGUUGCUUUUGGGGUUGCAUUUGGAGCAGGACUCUUAGCUCUCCAAAGAAUUGAUCAUAUUCCUGGAAAUGUUUUUAUUCCUUUAAUAGCACUUGUUUCACUUGCAGCCUAUACAAUAUUUACAUUGUUAUGUGUAUCAGUUUCAGAAUGCGAAGAAAUUCAUUCCUACAUUGUAUUCAUACCGAUCAUUGGAUAUAUCGUAUUAAGAAAUUCUUCGUUUGCACUCAGAGGAAAAUAUUCAGUACUUUUAGCAGGGAUUGGAAAAAUAAGUUUGGAAACUCUCGUUGGUCAAGGGCAUGUUUGGUUAGCGGCUGAUACUCAUGGAGUUCUUGUGCUUCUUCCAAGAUUUCCAGUUCUUAAUUUACUUAUUACGUCUUUUAUCUUCAUAUGUGCUAGUCAUAAGAUUCAUGAGUUAACGCUUAUUCUUGCACCAUAUGCAGUGCCAAAUGAUUGGAAAUUAGUGGCUCGUAAUUUGUUAAUAUUUAUUGCUGUUUUAAUUCCUAUUGGUAUCCAUGAUGGAAUGUUUUAA